AUGGCUUCCAAAAGAAAAACAAGUGAAUCAGUCUCUGAUAAAUCAAGUAAAGUAGCUAAAGUACAAACACCAUUGGAAGAACUUGUUGUACAGAAACAAAAUGAAAAUAUAAAAAUUGUAGAGGAGGUAGAUAAAAAUAAAAAUGAAGAAGAAAAGGAAAUAAAUGAUGAAGAUGGAGAUGAUGAAGAAACUGAAAAUGAUAAAAAAGAUAAGGAGGAAGGUGAAAAAGAAAGUGAGGAAGGAGAUGAAGAGGAUGGAGAUGAAAAUGAAAGUGAUGAAGGAGAUGAUACUGAAAGUGAGGAAGGAGAUGAAGAUGUUGUCAAAAUUUUUAAUAUUAACAAGUUUCAGGUAGAGAUGCCUAUAGAUGACCCUACAAAUUUGACAGGUGAUUUUGUUGUAAAAUCAGCCAUGGGUGCCAAAUUUGAUGCUUUUAGAACGAUAUUGAUGAAUGAAAAGUUGGAGGAUUUCUUUAAGUCUAGCUGUUUUGAAUACUUUCUUGAUCUGCCGGAGGCUAACAAUGCACGUUUUCAAAUGAGCAUGGUGUAUGAUCUUCUCAAGCGCAGGAUCAAGUAUAAGGGAGCUGAUGAUGAUGCUUUGGAGAAUAAGAACAAGAAAAUGGAUGAGAUUUGGAUAAACUACUGUGGCAUGCCAGUUUGUUUUGGCAUGAAAGAAUUUGCCAUAGUGACUGGACUGAGAUGUCAUCCUCUUUCUGAACCUCUUCCUAAAGUUGCACGCUUAAGAAAGCCAAGAGAAAAAAAGAUAUCUAAAUCAGUCAAGGUUGGCAAGAAAGGUAAAAAGCCAGUCAAGACAGUCAACACCAAAACCAACAAAGGCAAAGAAAAACUAAGUAAUGAAAAUGAGUUGUUGGCUAUUAUUGGACCUAGUUAUAAAGCCAAAGAUUUGAUAGAAGAUCUCCAAAGCAAAAAGAUUUUGAAGAAGCACAAAGAGCGAUUGUGCUUAGUUUGGUUUGUGCAUGCCAUUUUAUGGGCUAAAGACAUCAACAAUGUCAUAGAUCUUAGUUUGUUUGUGCUUGCUCAAGAUUUGGAUGCAUUCAACAAUUACCCAUGGGGUAAUAAUAGUUAUUUCUUGACUGUCGAGUAUUUGAUGUCAAAGUUAUCACCGAAGACUAACAAUUUAUAUGGCUUUCCUUGGGCUUUCAUGGCUUGGGCAUUUGAAGCAAUACCUUACCUCAGGAAGCAAUUCAAUGAUUACUCGAAAGAAAUUUCUCAGCCAAGGAUUCUUAGGUGGUUGUCUGCCAAGAACAACCCAAAAAUAAAUUCUGUUGAUCUCUUCGAUCCUCCUCAUGAUAUAAUGGCUCAUCUGUUGCAACAUAUGGGCCAUCUGUUAGAAAUAAAAUAUAUAGAGCAAGAGUUGCAAAUGCCAUUCUUUUUAACUCUAGAAAUUAUUGACACCAAAUCAGACCCUAUAGUGGAUCUAAUAAAAAAAGAAUUGGCUGGAGCAACAACGAUCAGAAGGGAAGCACCUAUUGUUUCUGGUGAUGCUGAUGAUGUUGCAUUAGAUGUUGAUGUUGAUGUUAAUAUUGGUGUUGAUAUUGGUGAUGCUGGUGCUAAAAGUGGUGGUGAGCAUGUUGAUGAUAUUGGUGGUAUAUAUGGUGGAUUCAUCCCUUUCAGUGGACAUACCACAUCUUUUGCUCCUUCUUCUAGCUCAUGUUCUGCAUGUAAAUGUGAAGAAUGCAAGAACAAAGAGGCUAAGUUAAUAUCUACUGGUGAAGAUGUGAAGAAGUCUUUUGAUGCUCUUACUAGUGCUGUUAAGGAUUUGAUAUCUAAGAGAGGUGUUAUUCCAUCAAGAAAAAUUUCGGAGCCAUUCACACCAUUGAAGAUUAAGAGGAGAAGAAAAUCAAUUUCCAAGAUAUUAUCAAAUAUGAAAAAAAGACAACAAAUUGCAACUACUCCCCUUCCUUGCAAUGUUGAGUCAUCUUCAGGAGCCAUAGAAGAGCAGCAAAAGUUGUAG